AUGUCCAAGCCUCUAUCAGUGAAAUAUACAGAUGCUCUGCAGCUUGUGGAGAAACUCGACAGCUUGCAUUUGCGAAGAGAUUCUCCCGAAUACAAGGCACAGCUGGAAAACGUUCUUGAUGCGCUGAAUUCGAUCAAGAAGUCCAUCCAGCAAAUGGCACUAUUCAGUGUCAAUGAGGACAUCGAUGAGGUAAGCACUGGCGACUUGCGCUACUUGGCGCUUGAUUUCUACAUUGCACAGGUGCUUGGCAACACCGUCGCCAAUAGGGCCUCCAGUCUCAAGACCUGCAAUGGUUUGUAUUUGCAAUUCCUUUAUACCUUGGAAAAUUAUGGAAUAUUAGAUAAAGAGCAGCGAGCCAAACUGGACGCGAUAAAAGCAUCAUACGACCCGCAAAUCGACGAACUGCGCUCCAAGGAUCCUGUGACCAGAAGACAAAGCAAGAUCAAUGAGUUCAAGAUGGAGAAAGAGUUCAAAGAGAAGCUCAAGAUCCUGGAGUCGUCGGACUUCCAUAAUCUUGACGAUGAAGUAGUGAGACAAAUUUACCUUGAUCAGCUCAAAUUUUUUGCUUUGAAGUCGUUCCAGAGCAUUGAAUCGAAUCUGAUGGAGAUUGAGCUCCUUCACAACAUGCCUGCUCGUCCAAUUCAGCCGGCUCAGGAGCCGGACGAAAGAGAGAGACAGAAGAAAUUCGACGAAACCUACACUGACAAAGUGGAGUCCCUAACCAAUCCAAUACUCUCAAAGGAUGGCAAGGUUCUGCGGCCUUUCACCAUCGUGCCAUCCCGUGACCAGCUGCAGAAGAAAGUGUUUGGAACGGGCCAGGUUCUGCCCACAAUGACCGUGGAAGAGCUUGUGGAGCAAGAACUGGCAAAUGGUGGCAUGGUCAAAGAAUCUUUACCGGAAAAAGAGUUUGACGAGGACAAUGAAGAGGAUGUCGACAGACUAACAUACAAGAACCGCGAAUGGGAUGAGUUUACUGACAACAACCCUAGAGGAAGUGGAAACACGCAGAAUUUGGGCUGA